GGCACGGUGGCGGGCAGCCCAGCGCCGCGAGAGGAGGGGAAGGGGGGCGCGGCCCGCCGGUGGUGGUGGGCGGCGCCAGUCACGUGGCUGCCAUGGCAACGCCCGUGCGCCGGCCCGUGAGGAGGCGGAAGCGGCUGCCGGCUCGGGGGUCGCGGUUGCCAUGGCCGCUGUGUCGCUGGUCCUGCUGGCUCUGCUUGGCGGCUCGCAGGUUUUAAAAGCAUUUGAUUACUUCUCUCCUUGGAAGGGACAGCAGCCAAUGUACAAGCUGGACAUAGGCUGGCCUAAAAUUCCAGAAUACUUCACUGGACAAACCUUUUGUGUUGCUGUUGACUCUAUUCAUGGUUUGGUCUAUGUGGGACAAAGAGGAGAUAAUGUGCCAAAGGUACUUGUAUUCUCAGAGGAAGGGUAUUUUCUUUAUUCCUGGAAUGAUACGGUUGAAAUGCCUCAUGGUAUCUUUGUAUUGAACACUGAAACAGAUAGUUCAGUAUGGAUCACAGAUGUUGGAACAGGGAAGUAUGGGCACACUGUGAAGCAGUAUAGCCCUUCAGGUAAACUCCUGCAGGUCUUGGGCACGCCAGGUAAUGCUGGCUCGAGUUUGAUUCCCCUACAGUUUGAUCAACCAGCAGAGGUCUUUGUAGAGGAAAGUGGAGACAUGUAUGUUGUGGAUGGAGACGGAGGAAUGAAUAACAGACUGCUCAAACUAUCCAAUGAUUACAAAGAGAUCUGGCUGACUGGAACAAACGGGACUGGCAUUGGUCAGUUCAAGAUUCCUCACAGUGUUACAGUGGAUCCUUUUGGACGGGUAUGGGUUGCAGAUAGAGACAACAAAAGGAUCCAAGUUUUUGAUAGAGUCACAGGGGAAUGGCUCGGGUCUUGGAGCAGCUGUUUUUCAGAAGAUGGACCCUAUUCUGUCAGAUUCAGCGCUGAUUACAAAUACCUGAUUGUAGCUCAGCUGAAUAUCAACCGGUUGGCAAUCUUGGCAGCACCGCUGGUUGGCUCCAUCGGGGACUGUGUUAUGGUCAGCACAGUGCAGCUGGCAGAGGAAACCAAACCACACCUUGUGGAUGUGGACAUGAAGAGUGGGGCAGUCUACAUCGCAGAGAUUGGAGCCCAGCAAGUACAAAAAUAUAUACCCUUAGGCUGAGCGUUUCCCACAGCUACUGUGGCACUAGCUGUGUGACUUAUGAGACCUGUGACCACAUUUCCUUCAGUUUUCUGUAGCUUGUGUUUCCUUAGACAAGCACAGAACGUUGUGCCCUCAGAACUCUAGAGCUAAGAAUCUGUCCUAGCUCUUCUACAGUCCUGAAGAACUUCUUGGUCUUGAGCUGUUACUUGUUUUUGUAAUGCUAUGGCGGCUUUUGCUUUCAUUGCUGGCACUUGUAAAAUGACUUUGAUAAGCAUCUUAAUUUUAUUAUAAUAUAACUUUACAAA